CGGGCUUUUAAAGGGGCGCUCUCCGCGGCGGCUGUUCCCGGGUGGGGAGAGCAGAUGGGAAGGCCCCGGGAGUCGGGAUCGCGGAGCAUCCCGCCGUCUCCGUCCCCCCGCGGCGGUGCCCAGCCAUGGCCAGAGCGCCCGCCCCAGGCUCGGUGGUCGUCCCGGACUGGCACGAGAGCGCGGAGGGCAAGGAGUACCUGGCCUGCAUCCUGCGCAGGAGCCGCCGGCGGGUGUUUGGUCUGCUUGAGCGACCAGUACUGUCCCCAUCAGUGACCAUUGACACGGCCAGCUACAAGAUCUUCGUGUCUGGGAAGAGUGGUGUGGGCAAGACAGCGCUGGUGGCCAAGCUGGCUGGCCUGGAGGUGCCCAUGGUACACCAUGAGACCACUGGCAUCCAGACCACCGUGGUGUUUUGGCCUGCCAAGCUGCAGGCCAGCGACCGUGUCGUCAUGUUCCGCUUUGAGUUCUGGGACUGCGGGGAGUCGGCACUCAAAAAGUUUGACCACAUGCUGCCGGCUUGCAAGGAGAACACAGAUGCUUUCCUCUUCCUCUUCUCCUUCACCGACCGUGCCUCCUUCGAAGACCUCCCUGGACAGCUGGCCCGCAUAGCUAGCGAGGCACCUGGUGCUGUCAGGAUGGUGGUCGGCUCCAAAUUUGACCAGUACAUGCACACAGACGUGCCUGAGCGCGACCUCACUGCCUUCCGCAAGGCCUGGGAACUGCCUCUCCUGCGGGUGAAGAGUGUGCCAGGGCGGCGGCUGGCAGAUGGGCGCACGCUGGAUGGGCGGGCCGGGCUGUCCGACAUCGCCCAUGUGCUCAAUAGCCUCGCAGAGCAGCUGUGGCACCAGGACCAGGUGGCAGCUGGCCUGCUCCCCAGCUCCCCAGAGAACCCCCCAGACGGAGGCGCAGAGGCAUCGUGAGUGUGAUCCCCAUUCGGAUCCUCAGAGGACCCAGGCCGGGGGCGGGACCCAGGGCCUAAGGCUGGAGCAGGAAUGUUGAGUUCGUCCUGGGUGCUGGCCUGAGGGGCUGGCCAGGGUGGCAGCAGAGGGUCCUACCCAGCAGCACUUCUGGCAGAGUGCAUGGCAUGAGGUGAGGUAGGCCCUGCAGGGCAUCCAGGUGCCCUCUGGCCUUCUCCCUCUGCCCUGGGGGUCUGGACUCCUGGCACUGAGCACCUGUAUGGGCAGCCCCAGGACUCAGACUUCUUCCCCCCUGCCUCUUGCUACUCUUCCCACUUCCGCAGACCCAGAGUGGGGGGCUGCCUGGGCCCUGGCCUUCAGGCAACAUCAUCAAGAGCCUGUAUUGUUGCUGACACCAUCUGUCAUGCGGGAUAAAUUGCACUUGGUGGCUUAACAAACAC